AGCCGCUCACGCUCGCAGUUCAUCACACAAGCCUGCAAGUGGCGCUGAAGCUGACCGAACCCAUGAGUGGGUGUGGCCUCCUCCAGCCCGCCAGGGGCAUCAGAGACCUUCGUGGAAGUCGAAGCAGACAAUGGUGCUUACUACUUGUUGUCUCCUGUUCUGUCGUAGGGACUGACAUGGGACAGCAACAUGGAGCCAAGAAUGGUCUCACCCACAGAGAGCUCCCCCGGGGCAUGGGGCUGCUGCUCGCCAUGGCCCUUAUGAACGUGGUCCUCUACGUCUGCCUCGAUCAUCUCUUCAUCUCCCCUGGGCGAGCUACUGAGGACCCUCGGCGCUGCCCUCCGGGUUACUUCAGAAUGGGGCGGAUGAGAAACUGCUCGCGCUGGUUGUCCUGUGAGGAGCUGAGGACGGAAGUCAGGCAGCUGAAGCUCGUUGGGGAAGGAGCGGUGAAGAGAGUCUUUCUGUCUGAAUGGAAUGAACACAAAGUCGCUCUCUCCCGGCUCACCAGGCUGGAAAUGAAGGACGACUUCCUACACGGACUGCGGAUGCUGACGUCACUACAGAGCGAGCACGUGGUCACGCUGGCCGGCUUCUGUGAGGAAGACGGCACGAUUCUCACCGAGUAUCACCCCUUAGGUUCCCUGAGCAACCUGGAAGAAACACUAAACCUUUCAAAGUACCGAGACGUGAACACUUGGCAGGACAGACUGAGGCUAGCCAUGGAGUACGUCAGCAUCAUUAACUACCUGCACCACAGCCCCCUGGGCACGCGGGUCAUGUGUGACUCUAACGACCUGCCCAAAACGUUGUCCCAGUACCUGCUGACAAGUAACUUCAGCAUUGUGGCUAACGACCUGGACGCGCUGCCCCUGGUGGACCACGGCUCUAGGGUACUAGUGAAGUGUGGCCACAGGGAGCUCCACGGGGAUUUCGUGGCCCCAGAGCAGCUGUGGCCCUACGGAGAAGACACACCCUUCCAAGAUGACCUCAUGCCCCCCUAUGAUGAGAAGAUUGACAUCUGGAAGAUUCCGGACGUCUCCAGUUUCCUUCUGGGGCACGUGGAAGGGAGUGACAUGGUUAGAUUCCAUUUGUUUGAUAUCCAUAAGGCGUGUAAGAACCAGUUCCCCGCAGAGAGACCCACCGCUCAGAACGUUCUAGACGCCUACCAGAAGGUUUUCCACUCCCUCCGAGACACCGUGAUGUCGCAGACGAAAGAAAUGCUGUAAAAAUGCACCAUUGAGCGAUGGC